GGCAGACGCGUUAGAGGAGCGGAGAGACAGGCGCUCUGAAGGAGCUGUCGAGCAAUGGGGAAGGAGGACGAGCUGUGGAGAGCCGUGCAGGGCGGGGACGCGGCGUGCCUGAGACGCCUCCUGCUGAAGCACCCGGAGGCCAAGAGCCGGAAGAAGGGGACCACGAAACAGUCCAACGUCAACCUGCAGGACGACGAUGGGAUGUCCCUGCUCCAUCACGCCUGCCUCAGUGGCAGCGCGGGCGUUGUCACCGCACUGCUGGACGGACACUGCACCGUGGACAUCAGUGACAGCAAAGGCUUGCGUCCCCUGCAUUACGCGGCGUGGCAGGGCAGCGCCGACACGGUGCAGGCGCUGCUGAAGGCCGGCGCCUCGGCGAACCUCCCCUCCCACGAGCAGAGGACUCCGCUCCACCUCGCCAGCCAGCACGGCCACCACCACGCAGCCGAGGUCCUUCUGCAGCACCGGGCCGACCCGUGCGUCCGCGACGCCGCCGGCAAGACGGCCCUCUCGCUGGCCUGCGAGUUCGGCAGGCUCCAGGUCGUCCGCCUCCUCCUGGGGAGCCACGUGUCCCCCAGGCUGCUGGAAGGAGCUCCCAGCGAGCAGGGAGACGGCACGGUCGGAAACUCGCCCAUCCACCUCGCCGCCAAAAAUGGGCACGCGGACAUCACGCGAAUGCUGAUCUUGGAAGGCGUGGAUUUGAAUUCACAAACGAACAUCGGCACGCCGUUGCACGAGGCCGCGCUGCACGGCAAACUGGACAUCGUGAAACUACUGCUGCAGAGUGGCGCCGAGGCCGCCGCUGAGAACAAGUUCAAGCAGACGGCGCUGGACCUGGUGAUGCAGUUCACGGGGCGCCAGGCAAGCAAGGAGAUCAAGCAUGCACUCCGAGAGGCAAUGCACACAGUGCAGGCGUGCGCCGUCACGGACUACUGCAACGCGUACGACUCGACGUGCCUGCGGAUAACUGCCGGAGACAUCAUCACCGUGUUGGAGCGGCAGGAGAGCGGCCUAUGGAAGGGCUACGUGAGGGACCGGCUGGGCGCCUCUCGCGUCGGCUAUUUCCCAUCGUCCGUUGUGCAAAUCAUCAGCUCGUCCGCGGACCCAACGUCUUCCAUUGCGCGGCCGGUCUCUCUUCCGUUCUCCAAAGACCGUGACAGCGGAGGGCUGUUCACACACGCGGACACCCUGGAUUUUCACAAGGCCCAGACAGUGUGUGGAGGCUCAAGGGACCUCGUCUGGGGAUACAAUACCGGUGAUGCGACGGUCGGCGAUUGUAGCAGUGUGGGCAGCAGCAGAAGCUCGGGCAGCGGAGAGAGCGUGGGCAGCAGGAGAGGGCAGCAGGAUCAUCAUCAUCAUCAGCAGCAGCAGCAUCGUCAGCAGCAGCAACAUCAUCAUCAGCAGCAUUAUCAGCAUCAGCAGCUAAACACAAUCGCAAAGAUUACACACGGAGAAGAAAGGAUCAUACAGACGGGAAACCUGCCCAGCGCAGUGAGAGACGCGUCGUCGUCCGCCAAACACCUGAACGAGGCUGACCAGGCUGUCUACAAGUGGCUCACGGGCUUUGACCUGCAGCAAUACACGCCCUGCUUCACAUCUGCCGGAUAUGACCUCUUCACGAUGAGCCACAUGACCCCCCAGGACGUAGCGGCCGUGGGGAUCACCAAGCCGGGUCACAGGAAGAUCGUCGGCUUGGAAAUCUCGAGGCUUGCCGUGGCGGACGAGCUGCCGACCACCAAACCGGCUACGCUGCGCGAAUGGCUGUCUCAAAUAGGACUCGGGCACUACCACGCCAUCCUGGCUGACAAUGGCUACGACAAGGUGGAUUUUAUCUCCGAGAUAACGCUGGAAGACUUGCAGGAGAUAGGAAUCACUAAACUAGGUCACCAAAAGCGGCUCCUCUUGGCCGGCAAGAGGCUCAAGGCGCUGCAGAAGCGCGAGGCGGCGCAGGCCCAGAGCACCCCUCGCCUGCCCGGUGGCACCGCCGCCCUCUUCAGCAGCGGCCCCGGCAGCGACAGCGGCCUCAGCAACGCAUCUGACUUCGCCGACGAGGGCAGCCCGGCGCCGUUUCACCAGCUGGGGCGGCGCGGCUCGCGCCAGCAGCAGCAGCAGACGGCGGCGGCGGCGUUCGUGUUCCCGCCGAUGCGGCCCGCCGCUCCCCCUCCCGCUACUCCGACCCCGCCGCUCACCCCGCCACUCCCCGUCCCGCUACUCCGACCGCUAACCCCGCCGCUCACCUCGCCGCUCACCCCGCCGCUCACCCCGCCGCUCCCCGUCCCGCUACUCCGACCGCUCCCCCCGCCGCUCCCCCGUUCCCGCUCAAGGUCUCCGAGGACUUUCAGCGGGCGCUGUCGGCGGUCGGAAGGCAACGUGCCGCCGCCACCCGCCGCCGCCACCGCCGCCGCCGUUCCCUUGCCGCCGAAAUUUCCACCGGAGGCUCGCCUUCGGCCUGACUCGCCGCCGGAGCAGAGCGGCGCCGGCGCCGGCGGCUUUGGGGGAUUCGCGAGAAGCGCGUCGCUGCGUUCGCGCGCCAGCGCGGCGUCGCCGCCGCCGCCCGCGGACGGAGGCCUCGCGCGGAGCAACUCGUUCGCCACGCGGCAGAAGAGGAAGGGACCCCCGCCACCGCCCCCCAAGCGCUCCGCUUCCGUCAGCGGCGGCGGCUACAGCAGCGGCGGCAGCAGCAGCGGCAUCGGCGGCAGCAGCAGCAGCAGCAUCGCCAGCAGCAACAGCGGUCGGUCGGUCGGAGGGGGAGAAGCGUCGAGCAGGAGCGAUGGCGGCGGGGACGGGGACGCGCCGGCAAACGUGCGACGCCUCGCCGCUCUGCUGGAGAGGUCGACCUUCGCCGCGUCGCUCGGCGGAGCGGCGCUCGUCGCGCCAGAUCGGCAGCCGCAGCCGCAGCCGCAGCUGCAGCCGCAGCAGCCGCAGCAGCAGCAGCCGCAGCUCUGGCGGCAGCAAUCACAGAAGAGGCCGAGCGAAUUGGCGGUAAACAACCCAAGCGCCACCGCUGUUAAUCCGACAGGCAGAACUGCCAGCCCGAAUGUGAGCGUCGUUUAUCCGAACGGCAGGAUGGUUGUCAGCCCAGGCGACGGCAGCGCCGUGACCCCGGGCGACUGCGGCAGAACCCUCGGCGUCGCCAAGCGUCGGCCCUCCGUGUCGGAGGAAGCCGGGGCGGCCCUCGACGGCCUCCCGGGCCCCGCAAGGGCCGGCGGGUCCGGCGUCGACGACCGCGCGACGAGCUCGCGCUCUCCCUCCGCCGCCAGAUCGCACGGCGCGACCGGGGGGGUGCCCACGCAAGUGAUCCGGUGGAACGGAGGGCGGGACGGAACCGGCUCCCUCUCGGCCGCCGAGCCUUUGCCGUCGCCGCCUCCCGGGCAGUCGAAGCGAGAGGUUCCGCUAGCCGGGCCGGAGAAAAUCGUCGCCAAAAGCGGGCCGGGUUUCCUCCGCCCGCCGGUCGACCGCAGGGCGGCGGUCGUCGCGUUUGGCGGCGGCGGCGGCGGCCGUAGCGUCGCCCCUCCCGCGCCGCGCCUUAGCGGGGCGGAGUCGGGCGCGCCGACGAGCCGGGUGGAGGACCGCUGGAGCGGCCGCUCGAGCGAGCGGUCGGCGCUGCGGCGCCCGGCGGCCGGUCAAGAGGCGGCGGGGCAGGCGUUCCCGUUCGGCGGUGCCGGGGACGUCGCCGGGGCCGACGAGCGGUCGGGGACGCGGGCGCGGCCGUCGGUCAAGCGCCAGGCCUCGCUGCGUCCGUCGGACGCCGGCGAGCUGAAUCCGUGCCGCGGGUUGCCUCCUCCGCCGCCGGCCUCGGCGAAACCUCAGCGCGGCAACGGCGGCGGGGCGGUCGCCGCGAGGACCUACAUGGGCUUCCCGUUGGCUCCCGGCUGCGUGGGGCCAGAGGCCGAGUCCCCGAGUGGAAAGGUCGUGAGAUACGACGCGGAGGAGCAGCAGCAGCAGAAGACGCCGGCAGAUAUUCUGGAUGACAUCGGCUGCAUGUUCGAUGACCUCGCGAGCCAGCUCAACUCCAUGCUUGAGUGAAGUCGGCCCGGCGACGCUUGGGGCGAUGAACGCCGGAGCCCUCGACGCCGAGAGAGACGAGUCGAUGGCUCCCCAGCCCCCCCCCCGGCCCCCCCCGGCCCCCCACCUCCAUCCGCCACAAACGCCAAAUGCUGCUGCUGCUGGUGCUCGCCGACCGGCACUUGCCCCCGACUGUCUGUGAAGGCAACACGACACGGGGUUGAGGAUGGGGGGGGGGGGCGAUCUUUUGUCGUUGAUGAGACUCUGAGAUCGGUCCUCGUACGGACACCUCACGGUCGUGUGCCGUCUCGUCUCGGGCUGGGGGGGGGGUGGAGGGGGCUUGGCCCCCUGGGCUUAAUCCCCGGGCCCGGGUGUGUGUCUCUCGCCAAUCCCGUACGUCAUUUCCCACCAAACGAUAUAUCGCGAACACAAAAUUGAGUCAGCGUGUUCGCCCACGCCGAUUAAAUAAGCUUUGCGCGCGUUACUUUUUGUGUUUUAAAGGUUAACUCGCGCGCUAGCAGCGGCAGCGCCAUAAAAGCGGCCGCGCGGGUACGGACGCGAGGGGGAUCUUCCGCGGGCCCCGUACGGCACUCGCAAAGGCGUGCCAGACACCGGGUAAAGGCGCAGUCCUGCGACUGUUCCCGCUCACGCAACCACCGACGGCGGUAAGGGGCCUUCACCCCCAGCCGGAACGCAUUAACUUCUCCCUCUUGAAUACCACGAAUAAAAAACUAUGAUUCAUACUACCGGAACAUGAACAAAAACAAUGCAGCUAUAAGGUUAUUUUUUUAGGACGGGCGGUGGGGGGGUGGGAAUUUAAAUGUUAGGGUAAGUUUAAUCGGGGUAGUUUGCCCAGCCUUAAUUUUUUUGUAUGAAAUAACAUGAGUAAAAUAUUACGUAAUGACCCGAAACAAAAGAUACAGGGACUCCUCUGCGUAUGAACGAGUUAGGUUACAGGAGUCUGUUUGAAAGUCGAUUUGUUCAUAAGUCCAACUUUACUGCUGUCGAUUCCAAACGCGUUGUACGGCGUGUACACUAAACAUGGGGAGUGGCUUCAAAAGUUGUAUCAUCUCCUGCAGAUGUAGAUGCCACUGGUUCUUCAUGUUCUGCAGAUGUAGAUGCCACUGGUUCUUCACGUUCUGCA